AUGAAAAUCGACUCCAAACACCAAUUUUCGACAAAAAUAAAAAUUCCCAAAGUUCUUUUCAGCCUAAAUAACCACAAGGUACUUCUAUUCAACCCAAAAGUUACAUAUUUGAUAUGAAAAUUGAGAUUUUCUGAGCAAAAUUUGGAGCUCAUUUGAACGGCUCAGACUGGAGCUCAGCAGUUAAUUUUUGCGAGAUCGUGACUAGCACGUUAAGUUAACUAAGACUGAAGUUACCUUUUCCAAAACCCGUUAUCACCAUAAUAGAAGUCCCUUGUUAGCGAGAUAGUAUUAUUCUAAUUCACAAACGCUACUAUUAUGUACUAGAACAUUAUUCUGAUUAUGUCCAAAAAUGUCCCAUCUCGUCAUAUCUUUUAAAUAGUCUCGUUAUUACAGAAAGGGCCUACUGCUGCGCAACUAAGUCAACUUCGUAUUUGGACCAGAUGUUAUUCCCACCAACAUUCCAUGGUUCUAAUCUAUCAAAACAACAUCUUCAAUAAUUUUAAAAAGUAAGUUUUUUCAGUUAUUUAACAUACAAUCAUGUCUUAUUCUUACAGCACUGGAUCUACUACAACCAUGGUUAUCAUCAGUACGACUUGA